AUGUAUGAUAGUUACUCGGUUCCCUCUACGUAUGAGUACACGGGAAGUCGCGAAGACCACCCCGACACAAUUAAACCUGCCAAGGGCCCUUUUUCAUCAAAUUCCCAUUCACGUCAUGAGCCGUACGUGUCCAUGCGCGCAUCAAACAUCGAAUCGAAUUCCAUGAUUGUGCUAUUUUGGAGAGACGACACAAGCACACACACACACAAAACAAAUGAUCCGACGUGUCAAAAGUCGCGGGAGGGGGUUCUUCGUACGAUAACCGGUAUAGAAAGAAUACCAGAAUGCUUAAGUGCAAAAGAUGUCGGCUUGCCCAUUACCAAGUUCCGCAGCGACUACAAGCGAAGACCCAAUCAUCGCUCGCUGUUCGCAUCCGCAGGGGAGGGGGGGGACAUCUAUAUGUUCAUUGGUACCCAUGCCAUUCCGAGAAAGGGGAGAACAUGUCAGCUACAACCUAGCCCCCCGCGCCGCGCCGCGCAAGGAUGCCUAAUAACAUCAUCAUCAUAUCUCACAAAGCAUGACACGUCGACAGGGGACGGAAGAGGAUCUGCCAUCAUCUUCCUUGCCAACCCAUGCGCGUGGCCGAAUCCUACAUGGCGAGAAUUGAAAAGCAGUGAAACAACGAUGGAGGGCAUAUUCCUAUAUAUAUAUCACACUGUUCGCCAGCGCAGCUAG